AAAGAAAUUAUGUGUUUUGAUCCAAUGGCUGUCCCACCGUCAUACUGUGACUUGGGAAAGUCUGCCAGGGAUGUUUUCAACAAGGGAUAUGGAUUUGGAAUGGUCAAGUUAGAGUUGAAGACCAAGUCUUCUAGUGGAGUGGAGUUCACUGCAACCGGUUCUUCCAACACAGACACAGGCAAGGCUUCAGGCAGUCUGGAGACCAAAUAUAAGGUCAAAGACCAAGGACUUACAUUCACCCAGAAGUGGAACACAGAUAACACAUUGGGAACAGAAGUUUCUGUUGAGGAUAAGUUCGCUACAGGAUUGAAGGUGGCUCUUGACACUACAUUUGUACCAAACACAGGGAAGAAGAGUGGAAAGUUGAAGACCUCCUACAAAAGAGAAUAUAUACAUCUAGGCUGCAGUGUAGACAUUGAUCUCUCUGGACCAACCCUUUAUGGCUGGGCAGUGUUGGGCUUUGACGGCUGGCUUGCUGGCUACCAGACGGCUUUUGAUACAGCCAAGUAUAAGCUUUCACAAAAUAAUUUUGCCUUGGGAUAUAAGGCAGGAGACUUUCAGCUGCAUACUUAUGUGAAUGAUGGCACUGAGUUUGGUGGGUCUAUUUAUCAGAAGAUUAAUAAUAAGGUAGAGACAUCAGUCAAUCUUGCAUGGACUGCUGGCAGUAACAACACACGUUUUGGUUUUGCUGGGAAGUACCAAAUGGAUGAGAAGACUUCCAUUGUGGCUAAAGUGAACAAUGCCAGCCUCAUUGGAAUUGGUUACACUCACGCCCUCCGACCUGGUGUAAAGCUGACCCUCUCGGGCUUGAUUGACGGCAAGAAUUUCAGUGCUGGAGGUCACAAAAUUGGGCUGGGAUUUGAGCUGGAAGCUUAACACAGCUUUAAGUAAAACAACUGGUGGUGCUCUGGAAGAUGAAGGAAAAGUGUACCCAGUGUAUUUCAGCCUUAAUAUUACUCUGAAAUUUGAAGAAGUGUGAACUUUCUGCUCUUCCCAAGAAUGACUUUAACCCAAUGUUGAAGUCCAGAGUGUGCCAGCACAACAAAGGAAGACACCUGAAGGCAUGCAUGGAAGUUGUGAUGUUUGUGCCACAUUUCGGUUUCCUGUAUUUUAAAUCUGUUCCAAAAAAAAACAGAAGAAACUUCAACCUCUCCCCAUUACUGUAUUGCAUUUUGCAUGUCCUGUACUUCACAGCCUUUUAUAAAAGGAGGUCUCUGUGCUGUAGUGGAAAUUUGGGGUUACAUCAGAAUAAAAUAAAUUGCUCACGGUCAGAACAGAAGGUUGGUGUGUGUUGACUUGCACCAAGGUUCCAUCCAGCUUGGUUUUUUGGUUCUUUUUUUUGUUUUUUUCUUUUCAUGCAACUUUAAGUAUGGUUAAUAGAUAAUCUGCCAAUGCUUUGUUACACGA